GGAGGCCACGCAGGGCCAGCGGCCAUGGCAGGCAAAGCCCACAGGCUGAACACGGAGGAGAGGGAGCAGCUGCUGCCGAACCUGAGAGCCGUGGGGUGGAACGAGGUGGACGGCAGAGACGCCAUCUUCAAGGAGUUCCACUUCAAGGACUUCAACCGGGCCUUUGGCUUCAUGACCAGAGUGGCUCUGCAGGCAGAAAAAUUGGAUCACCACCCUGAAUGGUUCAAUGUGUACAACAAGGUUCAUAUCACGCUGAGCACCCACGAGUGCGGAGGCUUAUCGGAGCGAGACAUCAACCUGGCCAGCUUCAUCGAGCAGGUUGCAGCUUCUCUCUCCUGACUAGAGAGAGACACACAUGAAGCCAAAACCCACAGCCUGGCUCCUGCCUGGAUACCUGCACCCACAGCCUUCUCCCACCUCCAAGCCAAUUCCCACA